AUGCUAGGACUCACAAUGCGAGCUGAUCUGGUGGCCGUGCUGAGCGACACCACGCUACGUGAGCACGCGGAUGAAUGUUGCAUCCUGAUUUCUCGCGUUUUUCCUGAAGAGAAAAGAGCGGAGUGGAGCGAUGCGUUGACGAAAGAGGCCUCGCUGGCCGAUGAAUCGUCUGAUGAUUCAACAGCAAAGGCUAAAGCGCGUGAAGUGGUAGCCAAAUUGACGCAGUCGAUACCAGGGUUGAUUGAAUGCACGGAUCGCGAACUUGAAGGAUUGUACAAUCUAGUUAUGGCUCUUCUUAUCAAGUACUAUGAAACUGAAGAAGAAUCGUUCUGUAAUUUGGUCAUGCACUUGGUAAAUGUCGUGAGCGACACUCAAUCGUCUGCGGCUAUGGAACGGAGUAUCAUCAAAUAUCGGAUUCUUUCCAACAUUUUUAAUCUCUUACCAACGGCCUCUCCUCUGCGCCUUCGUGUUUUUAAAGCACUUUUAACGUUGGUAUCCAUGAAUGGAGACAUGGACUUCUUGGACAUGGCUCUUCAAUCUGUUCCUAUUUGGCUUGCUCAAUGGAACAUCUCCUCUGAGGAAAAACAUGAGUGUCUUUGCCACGUAGCUGACGCACUCCAAUUGCCAGAUUGUGGACCAGCCUACAUGGAUCGUGCUUACGAGUUUGAGCUCAUUCAUCUGCGCUUCAUUUCUGGCGAACAAUCACUAUCGAACGAAGUGCGCUUUUCUGCGGCCGAAAAUGCUAUUGCCAAUAUUUUACGCCUUCCGAAGCUCUUUGAAAUGGAAGAAGUCUUGCGCGUCGCAGAUACACUGAAUUUAGGAACCUCGCCAAUGCUCUCUUUGCUAAGACUGAUCGUCAGCGGUACUCGUGCGGACUUUGAACAAUGGGCGCAAUCUUCUGAUGGAAAGGGUGCACUUGAGCGUCUUUCGCUUGAUGCAUCUGAACUGACACAUAAAAUGCGUCUCCUUGAUUUGGCGUCCCUAUGCGCACGCAGUGUGUCGUCGGAAGUGUCGUAUCAAGAUAUGGCCCAGACGCUUGGUGUCAGUGUAGACGAAGUGGAAGCCUGGGUCAUUGAUGUUAUUCGCGCUGGCCUUGUUUCUGGCAAGCUUUCUCAAGUGAAACGCUCUUUCCGGGUUUAUCGCUCAACGUAUCGGACGUUUGAAAAGUCACAAUGGGAGUCGCUGGAACAACGUUUGUCACAAUGGCAGCACAGCAUCCAAACGCUUCUCAGGACUAUGCAAAAUGCUCGUACGCAGGCACCUCAAGCCUUAAUGUCUGAACAUCAAACCACGUCUGUUGCAACGUCCUCAGCAGAGUCUAACGAUGCGCCUGCCACUGCUUAG